AUGGAUUUUACAGCUGUAGCUAUCCUGAUUGUGAAACUUGUAACCCUGUCCGUGGUGAUAUACGCAGGUUACAUCCUGAGCAUAGUCGUGAUUAUUCCUUACCAGAAGAGAAAGUACUAUUCGCAGUUUAAAAAUGUCUGUGUGAGUAAGAACUUUAACCCUCCGAUGCACGAUCUGAGCCUAAUGGAGGAAAAACAUAAGCAGAACAAACACAAAUGGAGUUUUUACUUGGACUAUAUCGAAGAGGGAAAGGAUAUCCAUCUAUCUCAUUUCGGAUACAAGAGGAUUUUUGAUCUAAUGUCUCAAAGGGCUUUUGAGGACUUCGACAAUCAAAUCCCUUCGAAAAUUGACAAGUUUACCGAUCUCCAGGAAUUAUCGUUUGCAAAGACUUUCUUUGGAGCCCUACAACAUUCCCCAACUAAUAAGGACUGGGAAAAGAGGAGAGCAGUUUUUACCAAGGCUAUCGGACUAAACUUUUCAUCAAGAUACAUCAGUCUCAUGAUUGAGAACUGUAAAAAGAUGAUGGAUACCUGGGACGAAGGUACUGAAAUCGACUUCAUUCCAGAGAUGUACAAAUUGACCUUGAUUGUCAUCUCAUCCAUUCUUCUUGGAAGAGACUUUGAUGAAAAGAUCAGAAUGAUGAAUUAUACCCAUCUUAACGGAGAAGUAGAGGUCAUAACUUUGUAUAAGUUCUUCCCGCAACUAGGGAAAGAUCUCAUGGCCGCCUUGGAGAUGCCAUUAAAUCUUUUGUUCCCGACUCUGAUUAGGAAUAAUAUUGGUAAUGUUAACAAAACCAAUAUGAAAAAUAUCCAAGAAUGGAGAGCAACCUUCCAUGAUUUCCUUGCUGUUACUACAGAUGAAGAAUCUUGUUACAAAGUUAUCCUCAGAGACCACCCUGAAUACAACAAGGAAGAUCUGUUCAAUGACUUGCAAGGAUUCUUGUUCGAUGGAUAUGAGACUCUUGCAGAGACAUUCUGAACUACUAUCUACUUUUUAAAUAAAAAGCCAGAGCUAUAUACAAAGGUUAUGGAUGAGCUCAAGCAAGAAGACCUUGGCCCACAGGAGAAUCUAGAUAAGGUUAUCACCCAUGAGAAGGUGAGGGACCUCAGUUACCUUACGAUGACUAUAAAGGAGUCUUUAAGAAUUGACCCUCCUCUCGCUAGGUCAAUGCAUUUCUAUGCUAAGGAAGAUAUAAAAAUUGCCGGGGUGCCCUUACCCAAAGGAUCUGUGAUGUCAAUGUGCUUUAUAGCUAGACAUUACGAUCCUACUAUCUGGCAUAAGCCUCAUGAAUAUAUUCCAGAAAGAUUUGAUCCGGAAAGCGAAUACUAUUACAUGCCGGGGACAGAAAAGAAAGCGAGAAAGCCACUCUCUUUUGUAGCUUUUUCAAAUGCUAUUAGGAAGUGUCCAGCCCCUACCUUCGCAUAUCUAGAGCUUAAAGUGUUCCUGGCCUAUUUCCUAGGAAGAUUUGAGUACAAAGUUGAUCAGAAGCUUCUUGACAAUGAAGAUGUGAGGUAUGGAAUCCUCAGUCAGUUCCCAUUAGAUGUGAAAAUUACCAAGAAAUUAUGCUAGUAAUGCACUUUAAGCCAAUAAUCG